CAGGCUCAGCGAGGUUCAAAACAAACUAAAAAAAACAACUGCCUGAUACUAGGAUGUGAAGGAAAACACCUUGAAAACCAAGCAAAAGUUUAAAAAAUGGACAGAAGCAUUGUUCUGACGCUGCUCGUCUUUGCUUCUUUUCUUGCUUGUGCCCACAGUCAGUGUCGGCAAGGCUGGAGGGAGUACGAGAGUAAAUGUUACUUCUUUUCCACUGAUACCAAGUCGUGGCCGGAGGCGAAUGCACACUGCAUGGAGCAGAACAGCCACCUGAUGAGCAUUCAGGACAUUCAUGAGAGGUUAUGGGUGAGAACACAAAUCGGCAAAGAGAUCUUCUGGAUCGGUUUGAAUGACCUGAUUGUGGAAGGCAUCUGGGAGUGGAGUGAUGGGAAGCCUUUUAUAGAAUAUUUAUCGUUCUGGAUGUCAGGCCAGCCUGAUAACUGGAAUAACACUGAGGACUGUGGCCAGGUAGUUGGAUACAACUUCGGACACUGGAACGAUGAGAACUGCGCCGCCAAGAGGAAAUAUAUCUGCAAAUACAUCAACUCAAACCCUGCGCCACAGUGUGACUUAGCCAGCGGCUGGAGGCAGCACGGCUCCAACUGCUACAAGUUCAACUCAGAAACGAUGAAGAGCUGGUCGGCAGCCAGGCAUGACUGUGUGCAGGAGGGAGGAGACCUGGUCUCCAUAACGUCACAGCAGGAAAACACCUACGUCAUGGGAACACUGUCGUCGACGCAUCUGGAUUUCUGGAUUGGGCUGUCCACACUGAAAUGCAACAGGAUUUCCUGUCAGCUUGAUCCUGAGAACCGCGACUUUGCCUGGUCUGAUGCAAUGCAGUCUGGUUAUACGAACUGGAAUAACGGUGUACCUUCAGUAGAUCCACAGGUCGGCGGGUGUGCAGCGUUGGUCAAAGAUACAUCCGAAGCAUUUGGAAAGUGGCGGUCCCAUUUGUGCAGAUAUGAGCGUCCAUACAUGUGCAAACGUCUAAUCAACACCAUCUGUCUUCCCGGUUGGCUGAGCUUUAACGGCAGCUGCUACUGGAUGGUCAGUAACGUCGUUCAGUUGACCACCUGGCAUGAGGCUGCAACCAGGUGCUCUGAAAUGAACGCUCACCUGCUGUUCAUAAACAGUCAAGAGGAGCAGUUUUUCAUAAACGGGAAACUACCAGACUUCCACCAAGUGGACGUUCCUGACAUCUGGAUCGGCUUAUCAGAUAUGUACCAGGACGGAGACUUCAAAUGGACGGAUAAGAGCAAAAUUCAAUUUUCAAAUUACGGCGAUGGUUGGCCCAGAAACACUGAACACACGUGGGACUGUGGUCAGAUCUUCACAGGGAACUACGAGGGCAAAUGGGAAACAACCAACUGCUUUAAGAGCCUGGGGUACAUCUGUGAGAUGACGGGCGGCCUGAACCCUCAGCCGACCGCCUCUCCUGAUGGCCACUGUGACCGCGGAUACUUGCUGUACAAGGACCACUGCUAUCACUUUGAGACCGAGCAGGUGAAGAACUGGCACGACGCCGAGGCUCACUGUACCAAAGAGCAGGGUCAUCUGGUCAGCUUUGUUUCAGAGGAAGACCUCAGUUUCCUCACUGCUCACAUGCCAGGGGAGGCCUGGGUGGGUUUGAAUGACAUCGAAGUUGAGAACAAAUUUGUGUACACCGAUGGAACAAAUGCAACCUUCCUCCCGUGGGGAGCCAACCAGCCGGACAACUGGGAGAACGAGGACUGCGUUCACCUGACGGGAAUGACCCACCCUGACCCUGGGAAGCUUAAUGACGACAAAUGCACUGCCACAAAGGAAUUUAUUUGCAAAAAAGCGAAGGGUCAAGGACCUCCUCCUCAGCCCCCGACAUCUGGACCAGGAUGGAACGAGAAAUGUGGCUCGUGGACCUCUGACCCUUUCAAUGACUUCUGCUACCUCUUCAACUAUCUGUCGAUGAGGACUUGGGCCGAGGCUCGAGCCGACUGCAUCAACCAGGGAGGGGACCUUCUCAGCAUCACUGAGCCCUUUGAGCAGGCUUUCAUUCAAGGCCUGAUCCAGCAGAGCCCCACUGGGAUCUCCCUGUGGAUGGGAGGCCAUGACUCGGUCACAGAGGGUGGCUGGGAGUGGACGGACGGUUCUCCGUUCAGAUACAUCCGCUGGAAUGCAGGUAACCCAGAUGAUUAUAAUGGUGAAGACUGCCUGUCGAUACUCAUUAAUAACGGCUACUGGAACGACGACAACUGCCAGAACAAGAGAGGCUAUAUCUGCAAGCGGAGAGGAAGAACACCUGAGCCUCCUCCGCCGCAUAAUGGUUUUAUGACUGCACUCGUGUGCCAAGGAUCUGCCGCUGUCCUUCACUGUCCACAGGAAAGCGUGAUAAACAUCCAGUCUGUCUUCUACGGCCGAAAGAGCGAUGACAUCUGCCCCCACUUUGAGGGAUCUGAAGGCAGCUGCACAGUCGAAGGAGUUCUUCCUCACUACAGAAAGGCAUGCGAUAACCGUCCUUUCUGCUUUGCGUUUGCCCACACCGAGGAGGACCCCUGUCCCACCAUCUCUAAAUAUCUGGAGAUAGUCUACAGCUGUGAACAAAAAGUGUGUCUGCACGGCCUGGGUGUUGAGAACGGCAACGUCACAGACUUCCAACUCUCUGCUUCCUCCUCAAUCGGUUCCUUUACUGCAAACAAAGCCCGUUUGAACGGAAAUUCCUGCUGGAUGCCCUCAGGAAGUGCAACCUCAAGCUGGAUCCAGGUGAACCUCGGCCAGACCAGGAAAGUGACUGGCAUUGUAAUCCAGGGUUGUCCACAGAACGACCACUGGGUCACUAAGUUUAAGUUGCAGCACAGCAUGGAUGGCACAAGCUGGACCGACUACUCCGCUGAUGGAGAUUUCUUCCCGGGCUCAACAGACAGAGACACCCCCGACACCCAGCUGCUGGGCACGCCCGUGUCCGCUCAGUACGUCCGCCUCCUUCCGCUGGAGUUCAGCGGCCAGGCGGGCCUCCGGUUUGACGUGUUGGGAUGCACGCCGGACUAUGCCAUUACAUGUGCCAGCAAGUCCAACUUCAGUUUUGCCAACGAUCGAAUGACGGUGCAUUGCCCAGCAGGCUGUGCCAAAUCAGACUACCUGGUGUACGGCACGUCGGUAUAUCGCGGGGACUCCAACAUCUGCGCUGCAGCCAUCCAUGCUGGGGUUGUACUCAACGAGGUCGGAGGAGACUGCACUUUACUCAAAGCUCCGGGGCAAAACUUUUACGCCGGCUCCACCAGGAACGGCAUCACCUCCAGACAGUUCGACGGAGACUAUGAUGUGUCGUACACUUUUUCAGACGGGGAGCUGAGAUGCUCUGGACCUGACUGGUAUGAGUUCGGAGACUUCUGCUACAAACCUUUCGGGGACAAAAAGACAUGGCAUGGCGCCCGGAGCUCGUGCAGGAAUCUCGGCGCGGAGCUCGUUUCCAUCCAGUCCUUGAAGGAACAGAGCUGGGUGGAAAGCUACCUGUACAUGGCCACCAGUGACGUGUGGACUGGUCUGAAUGACCUGGCCGUGCACGGUAUGUUCAUGUGGACCGAUGAACACAUAGUAACCUUCACACACUGGGCUCCAGGGGAACCCAACAAUCACGAUGGCUUCAGUGAGGACUGUGUUGAGAUGUUGCACCAGACCGGAAGAUGGAACGACGUGUCCUGCACGGAGCUUAACACCUACAUAUGCAAGAUGCCCAAAGCACAUUACCCUCUCCCCUCAGUCAAACCCACCAUGUACGGAUGUCCUCAGGGUUGGGACGCAUAUGGCUACUCGUGCUACUGGAUGGAGGAGACGGCCAGGAGCUGGUCUGACGCUAAAGCCUUCUGCCAGGAGCAGGACGCUUUCUUGUUGCACAUCGGAGACAUCUACGAGCAGUCCCAUUUUACAGUAGCCCUGUCGGGAAGGACCGGUUUCUGGUGGAUGGGGCUGCGCGCCCGCGGAGACAUGAGCGGAGGGGUCGACUACAUCUGGGACAACGGCUUGCCUUUGACCUUCACUCACUGGGACAAAGAGCAGCCAGAUAACGGGGAUGGCACCUGUGUGGCCAUGACAGCGGGUCAAAUUGGCGGUUUCUGGGAUGACAGACAGUGCUCGGAGGAGCACGCCUUCGUCUGCGAAAAGGCCCGACCUGACAUCACGCCGCCUACGAAGGCGCCGACUCCUCCUCCUUCACAGGGCUGCGCUGACGGCUGGACAGCUUUGCCCCACUUCAGGAACUGCUACAAGCUUUUCCACAACGUGGACUGGUCCCAGAAGAAGAGCUGGGGAGCAGCACACGAGGACUGCGUGUCCAGAGGCGCUAAUCUGGUCAGCGUCCACAACCAGGAGGAGGAAGAGUUUCUGUCUCUCUACAGCAAAGGCACCUCUAAGUGGAUCGGCCUCAAGCACAACCCGAUAGAAGGAGGCUAUUCCUGGAGUGAUGGGACGCCGUUGUCGCACACAAACUGGGGCCUCGGCGAGCCAAAUAACCACGAGGGCCGCGAGGAGUGCGUGGAGAUGGUGAGCAGCACCAACGGUACUUUCUCCUGGUGGAACGACCUGAACUGUGACGCUCAUCAGGACUGGAUAUGCAUGAUUUCCAAAGGGAAAACCCCAAUCAUCCCCCCAGUGCCUCCAUCUCCAGUCCCAGCUCCUGACUGUGGCUCCAACCCUGGCUGGAGGAAGAACAACAACAUCUGCUACUACUACAACGACACAGACGUCGUUGACUUCCACACAGCAAUGGCGCGCUGCUACGCAGAGAAGGCCACGCUCGUGUCCAUCCUCAACAAAGACGAGCAGGCCUAUGUUAACAGUAUGGUGGGCACAGGGAAGAUAGCUGCAGCCUGGAUCGGAAUGAGGAUGUUUGGCAUCGCAAAUGGGCAGUACAUGUGGGUAGACCUCUCCCCUUUGACGUACACCCACUGGUCUCCUGGUGAGCCAAACAACGCCAACGGGGAGGAACAAUGUGUCCAGAUGAACAGACACCAAGGUGGAUGGAACGACGCAAACUGCGGCCGAGCCGGAGCGGGUUACGUUUGUAAGAAGUUCCCUGGAGACGUCCACACACCUCCUCCCCCCACACAACCCUGGGAGGGCAACUGUCCUGCAGGAUGGAUGCGCUUUAAGGACAAGUGCUUCAUGUUCAAAGGGAUGAAAAACGACAUCAAGGCGAACUGGUCUAAUGCUCGAAGCUGGUGCAAAGAUCAAGGAGGGGAGCUGGCCAUUAUUGAUAACCAGUACGAGAAUGACUUUGUAGCUAGUUACCUCAAAGACCUGGAGCUCCCCACUUGGAUCGGUCUGUCAGAUCUGUUGGUGGAGAAUCAGUACGCCUGGAGCGACGGGGUCAGUCCAGUGCUCUACACCAACUGGAAUGAACAUGAGCCCAACAAUGCAGGAGGAGCGGAACACUGUGUGGCCAUGGCUCACGGCUUUCUCUCUACCGGCAAGUGGAACGAUGACGCCUGCCACAAGAAUCAUAGCUUUGUCUGCUACAGGAAGAAAUCCAGCAGCAUCCAACCUCCUCCUCCCACCAAGAGCCCCUGCCCAGCUGGCUACAUCUCCUGGUACCAGAACUGCUACAAGCUGGUUGAGGAGCCGGCCACCUGGGAUGCAGCUCAGGCGUCCUGCGAGGAGCAGGGCGGCAACUUGGCCAGCAUUGACAUGAGCUACGAUCAGGCCUUUGUGGCCGGAGUCGUCCUGCAGGGAAAGGCAGACGCCUGGAUCGGACUAAAGCGCAAGGAGGAUGGCUCCUACAUGUGGACGGACGGGUGGCCAGUUUUCUUCACUCAGUGGGGUCCGGGAGAGCCCAGUAACAUCAAGGACGAGGGCUGCGUCAGCAUGCACGCUUCCAUCUGGUUCCACGGCACCUGGAACGACACCAAGUGUGACCAGGCUAAGCCCUACAUCUGCAAGGUCUCCUCGGUAAAACCACCUCCAACUCCCAGCCCCGGUGACGGGAAGUGUUUGCCUCGCUGGGCUCCCUACGGCCGAUUCUGCUACCACGUGUACAACGGGAAGGAGGGCUUCUCCUGGAAUGACGCCCGACACCACUGUCAGUCGCUCAGGACCGAGUUGGCCUCCAUUCACAGCAGGGCAGAGGUGGAGUUCAUCAGGAACCUAAACUACACCAAACACCACAACAUCUGGAUCGGCCUCACCCGGGACAGAAACUUUGGUUGGGGCUGGACAGACAAGACGUCACUGGGAUUCCUUAACUGGGCUCAAGGGGAGCCCAAUUCGGCCUUUCACCCCGGGGACAUUGGCGAGGAGAACUGCGUGGAGAUGUAUCUAGACGGGCACUGGAAUGACAACAACUGCCUGCAGAAGAGGGGCUUUGCUUGUCGCCAUCGGCAGUAUUACAUGACAGACGAUAACAAAAAUCCCAUCUUCCCAACCGACAGCCCAGGUGCAAAUGCCGGGGUGAUAGUCGGUGCCAUAAUCGGAGCCAUCGUCUUCUUCUCCUUAAUUGCUGGACUGCUGUACUUCGUCUUCUCAGUGCGGGGAUAUAAACUGAGCAGCCUGACCUUACCGACGAGAACAACUACUAAUGUGGACGUGCCGGCUUUCGCCAACCCUAACUUCACAGGAGAAUCCGACACAUAAACCCUCUUCCCAUUUCUGUGAAGUACAUCGUUGAGGAUAAAUAUUUCUAAAUCAUACUGGUUUAAAGUUUCUGGCAAGUGUUUUGUAGGAGUAGGUAAUCUUGUGUGUACUUUAAUACAGCUUGAAAAAAUUAAUUGUGAUCUCAUCCCUUUUUAGCACAGAUCUUUAAAAUGAUAUAAAAAAAAUAUUGUAAAUGUUAAGACAAAUGUUUUUUUUU